AUGCACGAUAACGUUGAGCUUCUGCCCGAUCGAAAACUGUCGUUUCAACUGGAAAUAGACGACGAGAAUGCAACCAGAAAACUUAUCACCGAAUCGAUUCGGUUGGCCAGCUCAACAAUGGGCGAUUUCAUACCUGGACCGAAGUUCAAACUUGAAGUGCUCGAUGCGCAAAGGCACUUAACAGACGUCGUGAAUGUUGGCGAUUCUGGAUACAUUCUCAUCACACUCCAACAGCAACAUUCGACUCCUAAAAAAGAUGCAAUAUUUCUAAUGACUGACCUUUCGGCGCGUAAUAUCAAAACAAAUCAGAUGAUUCCAUUGAUCGAUUCUGAUGGGUCAGUUUCGUUCAUUUAG